AGCUUUUUUAAAUCAACUUGCUGAUCCGCCAGCAGCUAUUGUCCUGGUGGACCAGACACAAACCUAUUUUGUGGAGUGAGGUGAAGCGGUCACAGUAUGUGCUCUUCACUGCCACGCCACACUAAAGAAUCAAUAUUCCACAGGAGGCGGGCCGUGUGCCGGUCCCUGAUGUUUACUCAGGGCAGAACUGCAGCCAGCGAGGAGAGAGCACGGGCCGUGGUCUGGAAAAAAAAUACAGAGGCAGAGGAAGUUCUAACGAUUACCUCAGAGAAUAGAGAGAGGCGAACAGACAGAUCAACACAUGGAGGAAUUCAAAGGUGGAAAUAUGUGAAGGAACGUCCAUGCUUCCAUAGGACACCAGUGCUGAUAUCAGCUGGUUCACUGUGAGGCCGACUGUGUGCUCUGUAUACCUAAGCUGUGUUGAUCACUAAGAUUAUUCCUACAGACGUCGAAUUCUGGACUGCACAUGAAGGCAUCAAGUAGGCACAAACGUUAACUAUUAAAUGACCUUCUCUUGACCUGUUAAAUGUCUGUUUUUCACCUGUGUGUUUCCCACUCUUACGUGGGCAAAAAGACAUCUGGCUGGGGUAUUUAAAGUAUAGUGCAGAGUUGGUUCACUACCUUCUUGUCUGGCCUGAAGAUGUCACACAUAUGGAGUCUGCUUUGCUUCCUUAUUGGCACAUCAUAUGCGGCCGAGGUCUGUUUUAAUGAGCUGGGCUGCUUUAACGACCUGCCUCCCUGGGGGGGCACUGCUCAGAGACCAGUCUCCGUCCUGCCCUGGCAGCCCGACCAGAUCGGCACCCGCUUCCUCCUCUUCACCCAGAAGAACCGCUACUACCAGGAGAUCAAGACUGACCAAACCAUCCAUGCAUCAAACUACGGCGGGAAGAGAAAGACUCGAUUCAUCAUUCCUGGUUAUUUGAAAAAAGGCGAUGAGGACUGGCCACAGGAGAUGUGUAAGGUUAUGCUGAAGUUGGAGAAUGUGAACUGCAUUGCUGUGGAGUGGAAGAAAGGUGUGAAGACUCAGUAUGUCCAGGCAGCCAAUAACGCCAGGGUGCUGGGGGCCCAGGUGGCAUUCAUGAUCACAUUCCUCAAGGCCAACUUCAAGCAAACGAGUGAUAAGUUCCAUAUUAUCGGACACAGCCUUGGAGCUCACGCUGCAGGAGACGCUGGCAGCAGGACGGCUGGCCUCGCUCGCAUCACAGGACUUGACCCGACUGAACCUUACUUCCAGGACACUGAUGCCUCCGUACGCCUGGACACCAGCGACGCCGCCUUUGUGGAUGUCAUUCACACUGAUGGACUUCCUUUCAAGUCCAAACUAGGACUAGACCCGACUGAUGUCAUUCACACUGAUGGACUUCUUUUCAAGUCCAAACUAGGUCUGGGCAUGUCUCAAUCGGUGGGCCACAUUGACUUCUACCCCAACGGGGGAGAGCUGAUGCCCGGCUGCUCCGCCAAUAAAGGCCAUCCCUCUGACCUGGACGCCAUCUGGGAGGGUACCAAGAAGUUUGAUGCCUGCAACCAUGCCCGAGCCUACGAGUACUACAGCGAGAGCAUUAUUAAGCGCCAAGGCUUUGUAGCAUACCCCUGUUCUAACAAGGACAGUUUUGCUGCUGGAAAGUGUUUCCCCUGUGGAGACGACACAUGUCCUCUGAUGGGCUACUAUGCUGACAGGUUCACUGUGACUGAUGGCAUUUCAGAGACAAAGUACUUCCUCAACACGGGCAGUUCAGAGCCCUUCGGCCGUUACAGCUACAAAGUGAAGGUAACCCUAGAUGGUCCCAGCUGGCCUAACCCAGGCUACAUGUAUGUGGCACUCGCUGGAGACAAUGACAGCACCAAGGAGUACAAGCUUCAUAGUGGUACAAUGAAGCCUGGACGGACCUAUGAGGUGCUGAUCGACGCAGAGGUGGACGUCGGUGAUGCUACAGAGGUGAAGUUUCGGUGGAACAACCACAUCCUUAACCCCUUGAGACCCAAGUACGGUGCAUCCAAGGUGGAGCUGCAGAGGGGAAAAGACAACAAGGUUGUCUUCUUCUGCGGAAUAGAGAAGGUGGUGGAGAAUGCGAUCCAGCACGUGCUUCCAUGCUAAGCGUAACCAGCCACAAUCACAUGUUACUCAAGGUUACUUAGGGUUUUUCAAUAAAGUUUUAGCAUUCAAACCUC